AUGCCUUCGCGGCCGAAGGAAAAUGUCUGGAACUAUCCCAGACCUCCUGCUCUCCAGCCGACCUCAGCCAGGCUGAGGGUCAUCUGGGUCACUCCUUCCAAGCAGGAGCUGGUUAUUGCCGAAACCACGCAAGGCUACCGUGUGCUCGAGACCUCUCACCCACCCACGUACUACUUUCCACCCAGCAGCGUCAAGAUGGACCUCAUCAAGCCGUCCAAGGCCAGGCGCACCAUGUGCGAAUGGAAGGGUAUGGCUGCCUACCACGAUCUCCAGUUCAACAAGGAUCAAGGCCCCGUCGUCACAGGUCGCAUCUGGUCAUAUCCCCAGCCAACCCCCGGCUUCUCUUCGAUCAAGGACUAUCUCUGUUUCUAUGCGUCCAGUCAGACCGAUCCUGAGCGUCUAGGUCAAUGGAAGUGCAUGGUCGACGACGAUGAGGUCAAGGCUCAAGAAGGCGACUUUUAUGGUUCUUGGAUAACCCCUGAGAUUACUGGCGGCGACCGAGGUUUUAAAGGAGCUACAAUGGAACCUUGCACGAGCUCAUUGGAACGUGACCCUCUUGCCGCCUAUAAAGGACUUACUUUCCAAGAGACGCUAGAGGAUCUUAGCAGUCGAUUUAUUGUCAACCUUCCAUCAGACGAGCUGUCGUCCAUCGAGCGCAUCUGCUUUCAAGUGGAACAGGCCCACUGGUUCUACGAAGACUUUCUCCGCCCGCUCAAUCCGGCCCUUCCAUCUCAGGGUCUUCGCCGCUUCUCCUAUAACCUGCUUCAGACCGCUUCAAUGGUUGUGCCGCUCAUUCAACGCUAUAUCACUGGCGGCAGCGGGCAACAAGACCUCGAGGCUGCUUUUGACGAGUUUCUUAAGUACAAAACGCGUGUACCCGUCUGCGGUGCCAUCUUGCUCGCCGAAGACUGGAACAAGUGUCUCUUGGUCAAGGGCUGGAAGUCUUCGGCAGCGUGGGGAUUUCCGAAGGGCAAGAUCAACCAGAACGAGGCAGAACGUGAUUGCGCCAUCCGCGAGGUGCUGGAAGAGACUGGAUACGACUGCAGCUCGCUCUUGCCGGAAGACAGCCAAGACUUUAUGGACCUAACGAUGCGAGAACAGCGCCUUCGUCUCUACAUUGUGCCCGGUGUAAAGGAGAGCACCAAGUUCGAGACCUUGACACGCAAGGAGAUCUCCAAGAUCGCUUGGUUCAAGUUGAGUGAUCUGCCCACGUGGAAGAAGUCAAAAGACCCACCUCCGGGCAUGGGCGGCAAGUUCUAUCUCAUUUCGCCAUUUAUCGGACGUUUGAGGCAGUGGAUUCAUGCCAACAAGGCAACUCAUCCGAACCGUCCGGCGGCCAAGUCGGGUCCCGUUAUCGAGCACGCCACCUCCUCACCAGUCCCCUCUGCGGCCAAGGGUGCGGCCGCAGCGGCAGUGCCAUCGUUUGUCGAUACGAAUUCGCUCUUUCCGGCAUUCUCUGGCGAGAACAAGGCUUCACAGAACAAGGUUGAGCCACUGCCGGCUCCUCCAACCAGUGACAAGCUCAAAGCGCUGCUUGGUCUUUCGUCUCCUACGCCAGAUCCUGCUCGUGCAGCCGUGUCAAACCUGGCGGAUGGACAAUCAGCAACCACCACCAAGGCCUUCGAUCAAAUGUUCCCUGGCGCAGGUGCCAACAUGAUUCAAGCCAGCGGUGACGAACGUGGGCAGCAACUUCUCUCACUAUUGAUGAAUUCGCACUCAGCAUCGCAAGGCCAGGCAGCCAGUGCUUCCAACUCAGCCUCGGCUGAAGAUCGUGCCACUCUCCUGCUAUCCGCUCUCAAUCGUUCUGCCGUCGCCAAAGAGGGAGAGUCUGUUUUUACAGCUCCUGGUCCCAAUCCGUUGCUGAACAUGCUAAAUGACCCAUCCCGAAGCCAGUCACCGCUACCAGCUCCUCGACCACAGAAGUCUGGUCAGGCUCAGAAGCUCUUGCAAAUGCUGAGCCAUGAUCAAAGCUUGUCGCAGGGCAGUCUUGUCUCUUUUGAUGGGAACAGCCAGGUACCCUCAAAUGGCGCCGCACCCCAAGAUGCACCCGCGUCCAUCGCUCCCCAGACUGACACGCUUCUGCGCAUGCUGCAGCCCGCAUCGCAUAAUCGUCUGCCCAGUCCGCAGUCGCCUCCAGCACAAGCAGCGCCCAAGAACGACUUGCUGUCUAUACUGACUGUUGGGCUGCCAUCCGCAGGUCGCGCUGGGUCCAACGAGGGGCCUUUCCCUCGACCAAAUCACGUAUACGAUGGUUCGAUGGGUGGUUUCCACCCCAACCAACCUUUCUCUUUUCCACCUCCUCCACCAAACAUGAUGCCUGCUGGCAUGAUGCCUCCUGGAAGUGGAGGAUUGCAUCCGUUCCAUAUGGGUCCAAUGCCACCUGCUCCAGGGUCCGUUCAUCCCCAAGGUCCGCCGAAUGGCUGGUUCAUGCCUCCACAACCCAACUUCGCGCCUUACUCAUCCGGUCCUCCCUCUUGA